AUGCAGUUCACUCGUCUGUUGUCCGUGGCGGUCUUCGUCGCAGCGUUCGCUGCCGUGGUUUCUGCCACCGUAGAGACGCCCGAGAAGCUUCCUCGCAUUUCCAGACGUUCCGCCGACCGUGGAGAGGUCCUUGCGCGCACAAUGUUCGCUCGCCAGGCCCUGCCGCUUCCCUCCGUGGACCCAUUCUACAAUUACACUGGUGACCUCAACAGCAAACAGCCGGGAGAUAUUCUCAACACUCGUCGUGUUUCCUCCUCGUCUUACUCUUUCACAUUCAACGGUCAGCUCAUCGACUUGAACCAAAACGUUGAGUCAGCCACUCAGGUGCUCAUUCGCUCCACCGAUCAGUUUGGCGCACCUAGCACCACCGUUGCCACCGUCAUCAUUCCCCACAACGCCCUGUCCAACCCUCGCCGUGUCCUCGUCUUCCAAUCUGCCGAGAACUCCGCGUCCAAGGACUGCGCUACGAGCUACAAGCUCACAAAGGGCAGCGGUCGCGGAGACUACGAUGUUGCCAUCGAGCUCGUCUUUGCUAACCGUGAGCUCGGCCAGGGCUACAUUCUUGUAUUCACCGACUACGAAGGACCCAAGGCAGGCUUCUCCGUCGGUAAGCUCGCCGCUCAAGGUGUUCUCGACGGUGCUCGCGGAGGCUUGAAGCAGAUUGGCGUCGACCUCAACUCUGGCUCUCAAAGGGAUGCCCGCCUCGCCUUCUUUGGCUACUCUGGUGGUGCCCUUGCCACCUCUUGGGCCGUGCAGAACCAGGCCGACUACGCUCCUGACCUCAGCAAGUUCAUCGUCGGUGCUUCUUACGGUGGUAUCCCCGUGAACCCCAAGAACACCUUCCUGCUCCUGAACAAGCAACAGGCUGCUGGUGUCGCGUUCGCCGGUCUCGCGGGUACUGGAAACAUCUUCCCUGACUUCAACGCCUACCUCAACCAGCACGCUACUAAGAACGGAACCGAGCGUCUGAUUCAAUUCCGCUACACCCCCGGAUACUGCCUUGUCGACGCCGUCAACGCUCUUCAAUUCCAAGAUGUCUUCUCUUACUUUGACCAGCCUCAAGACACCGUGCUCAACACCCCAGUCAUUGCCGAUGCUCUCGCGAAAAACACUCUGGGAUCUAGCCAAUUUAACCCUAGAAAGGCCCCGGCUUUCCCCGUCCGCAUUCACCAGGCCAUGAUCGACGAGAUCGUUCCUACUGCUGAUGUCGACAACUACGUCAACAAUGAGAUCUGCAAGAACAACUGGAACGUUCUCUAUGUCAAGGAGCUUGUCGGCGAGCAUCAAUCUCUCGCCAUCACUGGCUCCCCCGCCGCCUUCGCGUGGCUGGACGACCGAUUCGCCGGCAAGAACGCUAACCUGAACGGCUGCCAAUUCCAAACCACCGCGAGUUCCUUGAUCAGCUGGCAGGCGUACCUCGUGUUCGGUCAAUCGCUCUUGAACCAGCUGCUGGCCAUCUACAACGCUCCUCUUGGCCCUCUUUCCCUCUUCGGUGAGAAAAAGGUCGGAAGCAACAACGGCUCAGUUCAAAGGGUCAGCCCAAGCAUUGUCAACUCCCUGUCCUCCUCUGCCGCCGUCUCGGGCACCUCGUCUGCUUCCGCCCCCAACGCAACCAACACUGCCGCGACCAAGCCCGUGUCAAACGCUACUCAGCCAGCCCAGACCUCCAACAAGCCUUGGUGGCAGAGAUUCGUGCCUUCUUGGCUCCAGUAA